AUGUGGAAUAGUUUGUCGCGUCCUUACCUCCGCACUCGAUCUUCAUCAGAUCAUGAAGAUGACUCAAGCUCAGAGGAGUUAAGCAUUCUGGAAGUAGAUCUCUGCCUGGAGGACAAUCAUGUUAGGCAUCACACAAAAUAUUUCAAUGCGGCGUUUGAAGAGGAAGCGCUCAUCGUGAGGAGAGGAGAUCCCUUCGAGGUACAGAUCCAUUUCAACCGAGACUACGACCCCAGCCAGGAUAACAUCAACUUCACAUUCACUGUGGCGGAUGCUAUCAAGCCGAGCGCGGGAAACAGAACCCUCAAUGUUCUAUCCCCCAAUGAUACCAUAGAUGAUUUGGGGGAACCGACGGAAUGGGGCGCAGGCAUUAAAUCGUAUGAUGGUCAAGUGCUCACCGUGCUGAUUAAACCGCCAUCCAACUGUCCUGUGACGGUGUGGAAACUGGACAUCGACACCGAGCUAGGAGAUAGUUAUCCCCUUACACUGCCCAUUUAUGUGCUCUUCAAUCCCUGGUGUCCGGAUGACCAGGUCUAUCUGGAGGAUCGUGACCAACGCAAGGAGUAUGUGUUAAACGAUACAACUCUUAUUUGGACGGGAUCCUACAAAAGCCUAUCUUCCAUGCCUUGGAAAGUCGGACAAUAUGAACGUGACGUGCUGGAGUGCAGCUUGAAGGUCUUGGGAACUGUGGGUAAGGUCAAACCUGCCUUCAGAGGUGAUCCCGUAAAAGUUGCUCGUGCCUUGUCCGCUCUGGUAAACCAGAAUGAUGAAGAAGGAAUCCUGGUGGGAAAGUGGGCCAAGCAUUUCCCGGAUGGGGUUCCUCCAACGAAGUGGACCGGUUCAACUGAAAUCCUUCGAGAAUUUUACGAAACCAAAAAACCGGUGAAGUAUGCCCAGUGCUGGGUUUUCGGCGGUGUCCUGGCUACCAUCGCCAGGAGUCUGGGAAUUCCGGCUAGGAUCAUCACCUGCUUCUCUCCUGCCCAUGAUUCCGAUUCCUCUUUGACCAUGGAUAUUUUCGUGGACAAGAACAACAAGAAAUUGGACCAUAAAGACUCCAUUUGGAACUUUCAUGUGUGGAACGAACUGUGGAUGCAGCGACCGGAUUUGGGAGAGGGUCAGUAUGGUAACUUCGAUGGGUGGCAGGUGGUGGAUGGCACUCCGCAGGAGAAAUCCGAUGAAAUGUAUCGACUGGGUCCCGCACCCGUUUCGGCUGUAAAAAAUGGUGAGAUCCAAACGCCUUUUGAUACCCCAUUUGUCUUUGCUGAGGUGAAUGCGGAUAUCCUCACUUGGCGCUCCUAUGGUGACGGAAAACCAAAGAAGCUCCUCUCGUGGGAUACCCAGAGCGUAGGUAAAAAUAUUAGCACAAAGGCUGUUCUGGAAUGGAAAAGGGAAGACGUUACCGAUAGCUACAAAUAUGCCGAGAAUACCAUGAGAGAAAGGAGCACCAUGAUGAAGGCCCUCGAGCAAACCCGUCACAACUUUAGUAAGCUCUAUCUCAAUAAGCAGGUCAACGACAUUCAGUUGGAAUUGGAACUAGACCACGAGGUUACGAUCGGAAAGGACUUCAGUGUGCAGCUUAAGAUUACCAAUAGGAGUGAAAGUCGUUCUUACGUGGUAAGUGGUAUAAUCCAAUGCGAUGCCAUUCUGUACAACGGAAGGGAUGCAGAGGAAGUCAAGACCAUUGAGUACGACCUGGAACUACAGCCCGAUGGCAGCGACUACGCUAGCAUGGAGGUCACCUUUGAUGAGUAUUUCGACAUGAUGUCCUCAAAUGCAUCCUUCCGCAUUUCCGCAACCGCCACGGUAGAGGGAACCGACCUCGAUUGCUACGACGAGGAUAAUCUUUCGCUUCGCAAACCAACUAUUAUGAUCCAGUUGGAAGAGGUGGAGGAAGAGGAGGGAGAGAGGAGAAUGAUGGAUGUGACCAUGAGCCUCGAGAAUCCGCUGCCCAUUCCCUUGACCAAGGGUAUGUUUAUCGUGGAGGGACCGGGCAUCGAGAAGCCUCUCAAGUUCAAGGUUGGCGAAACCCCAGUGGGUGGCGAGGCAAGAGCCUCCUUUGAAUACACUCCUCGGUAUGCCAGGCGUGGCACAAUUGUGGUGCGGUUCGACUCCGAAGAGCUAGAGGAUGUUAACGGGUAUAAAUAUGUGUUUACCCACCUUCCAUAUAGUUCAAACUUGAUGAGCUGGGGGAGAUUGAUGCGAUUUUCGGGCGGCGGUUCCACCAAAUAG